UCUCUCUUCCCAUCACCAAACCAUCAGAAAAUAUGAAAAACAAAUCCCAAAUCGAAGCAGCUCCGGCUCAGCAGCAGGGAAGUAUGUUUUCUUUUUUCAAUUUGUUCCCUUUUCUCCUCCCGACAUUUGAGGUUAUCAAGAUGGUUGUUGCUUCCGUCGCCUCAGCAGUCUAUUUAGGCUUCGCCGGUGUAACACUCAGUGGUUCAGCCGUGGCAUUAGCCGUAUCUACCCCCCUUUUCAUCAUAUUCAGUCCGAUUCUCUUACCUGCCAUUGCAGCCACUACUGUCCUAGCCGCUGGGCUCGGCGGUAAAAAAGCGGAUCAGCAGGCUCAGGCAGGUUCGCCGUCCCUAUCUCUGUUGGGCAUACCAGAGGCUAUUAAACCAAGUAAUAUUAUACCAGAGGCUGUUAAACCAAGUAAUAUUAUACCAGAGGCUGUUAAACCAAGUAAUAUUAUACCAGAGGGUAUUAAACCAAGUACUAUUAAGGACAAAAUCAAGGAAACGAUAGGCAAAGUCAAGAAUAAGAUCAAAGAGAAAAAGGAGGAAAAAUCUAAAGAAAAAGGUAAAUCUGAAGGUGGAGAUUCGUCUUCUUCGGAUGAGAGUAAACACAAAAGUGAAGGUAAACACGGAAAGGGUGAGAGUAAACACGAAGGCGGAGGUAAACAUGGAGGUGGAGGUUCGUCAAUGGAUAAAGGUAAGCACGGAAGCGGAGGUAAACAUGGAAGUGGAGGUUCGUCGACGGAUGAAGCUAAGCAUGGAGGUGGAGGUUCUUCUACGGGUGGAGGUAAACACGGAAGUGGAGGUUCAUCAAUGGGUGAAGGUAAACACGGAAGUGGAGGCAAACACGGAAGUGGAGACAAACACGGAAGUGGAGGCAAACACGGAAGUGGAGACAAACACGGAAGUGGAGGCAAACACGAGAGUGGAGGCAAACACGAGAGUGGAGGCAAACAUGGAAGUGGAGACAAACACGGAAGUGGAGGUUCGUCAAUGGGUGAAGGUAAACACGGGGGUGGAGGCUCUUCUAAAAAGGAGAAAAAAGAAUUCCAUUAUGCAGGUUCAUCUAUGGAUGCAAGUAGUUCAAGUGAAAGUUCAGAUGGAAGUUCAGAUGGAAGUUCAGAUGGUGAAAGUUCACAUGGGAGUGGUGGUAAACACAUGUGAGUAAACGUGAAUUCAUGGAAGAAUAAAAGACAUUGGUGGACCUAUUCCAAUGUUUAGCAUAUGACGUGUCAUGAAUUGUACGGCAUUGUAAGGGAAAAAAAACUUUUUACAAUUUUUAUGUUAAUAUAUGUAAUGGUUAAAACUGAUUAAUAUGAUAAGACAGAAAGACUAUUAUGAUACAAUGUAUAGUGAAAAUAUAAAAAUAAUGUAAUGUGGUAACAAUUAUUUCCAUUCCUUCUUGAAAGGACCUGGUUUAGCUAGCUUCCGAUAUUUAAUUAUAGAAAUUUAAUACUUAGAAAAA